CUAACGCGCAUCGACACAGUUUAGCUAACAACUCGGAAUCAAAAGCCAAACAUAUAUAAAUACUCCGCAAAUUCACCCUUACCCAAAAGAAAGAAACACUUUAUUUUUGUUUUCCUAGAUCCAACCAACCGUGAUAAUCGAAGAGAAACAAUGGCGUCGGCUCCUAUAGGCAAUACCCUCUUCGAUUCCAGAAUCACACCUUAUGUACUUGCUUGCUGGAUCCUUGCUGCAUUCGGUGGAUUGAUGUUUGGUUAUGAUAUCGGAAUUUCGGGAGGAGUGUCGGGAAUGGAUGAUUUUCUGAUAAAGUUUUUCCCGGGGGUGUACGCGAGAAAGCAGCUUGCAAAAGAGAACAAUUACUGCAAAUACAACGACCAGAUGCUUCAGCUGUUUACGUCGUCGUUGUACAUGGCGGCGCUUGUGGCGAGCUUCUGCGCAUCAAAGGCUUGUUCCCUCUUAGGGCGUCGCCCCACCAUCUGCAUGGCCUCCGUCCUCUUCAUCAUCGGCGCCGCACUCAGCGCUUUUGCACAGCACAAAUGGAUUCUCAUCCUCGGUCGGAUCUUCUUUGGUGUUGGUGUUGGAUUCGGAAACGAGACUGUGCCCUUGUUCUUGACGGAGGUAGCCCCAGUCCAACACAGAGGGGCGGUGAACAUCCUAUUCCAGCUCUUCGUCACGGUGGGGAUCUUGAUCGCCAACCUCGUGAACUACGCCACCGCGACGAUCCACCCGAACGGGUGGAGGAUCUCGCUCGGGGCAGCCGCGUUCCCGGCGGUGGUGCUGUUCAUCGGGUCCCUCGUGAUCAGCGAGACCCCGGCGAGCCUGAUCGAGCGGGAGAGGCUGGAGGACGCGAAAGCGGCGCUGAAGAGGAUAAGGGGAGUCGAGAACGUGGAGGCGGAGUUCGAGACGAUCGUGGCGGGGUGCGAGCAGGCCCGGCAGGUGAAGAGGCCGUUCAGGAAGCUGAUGAAGAGGGGGAGCAUGCCGCCGCUGAUCAUCGCCGUGAUGAUGCAGGUUUUCCAGCAGAUGACGGGGAUAAACGCCAUCAUGUUCUACGCGCCGGUGCUGUUCCAGACAAUGGGCUUCAAGACCAACGGCUCCCUCCUCUCCUCCGUCAUCACCGGCUUGGUCAACGUCUUCAGCACCUUCGUCUCCAUUUACUUCGUCGAUCGGAUCGGCCGGAGAAAGCUCCUCCUCGAGGCUUGCUGCCAGAUGCUCAUUUCUCAGGUGGCGAUCGGAGCGAUUCUCGCAACACACUUGUCAGAGACCGGAACCCUAAAUAAGGGAUUAGCGAUAGUGGUGGUGAUUCUGGUGUGCACAUAUGUGAUGUCAUUUGCAUGGUCAUGGGGACCUCUAGGGUGGCUAAUCCCGAGCGAGACGUUCCCGUUGGAGACGAGAACGGCGGGGUUCGCCUUUGCGGUGAGCGCCAACAUGAUGUUCACCUUCAUCAUUGCACAAGCCUUCUUGACAAUGUUGUGUGCCAUGCAAGCCUACAUAUUCUUCUUCUUCUCAGCGUGGAUAUUGGUGAUGGGUGUGUUUGUAUGGUAUUUGUUGCCGGAGACCAAAGGUGUGCCCAUUGAUUUGAUGGUGGAUAGGGUGUGGAAACAGCAUUGGGUAUGGAGGAAGUUUUAUAGGAACGAUGUUAGGAAUUAUGAAAUGGCUGCCUAAUUAUUUUUAAUUCAUUAGUUAGAAGCCAGUUUUUUAUUAUUUUGAUACUAGUUUAUAGUUUUACACUACGUACUUAUAAUAAUAAGAAGAUUAUUUGGAGGCAGAAUGAGCCAACCUACACCAUAUUUUCGUCAAGUCAAUACAAUUUUUCGAACCU